GCCGCCGCGGGGCCUGGUAAUCGCCGGUUCAGCGCAGCCCGGAGUCGCCCAGGCCUGAACUCCUACCCAGGUCCCAGACCCCGGCCCCGGGCCCGCGAGGACACCGGAGGCCACCCCUAGGGGGUGGGGAGCGGAGCCGCGGGUCAGCUCUGCGAGCGCCCCGCGUUGGCCUGUCCCGCCCCGCCCCCGCCCCGGGCCAUGGCCCAGCCCUUGUCCCGGCCCCUCAUCCUAUCCCAAUCCCAGCCUUGGCCUCCGGUCCCGCCCUCGCCCCGUUUCCCAAAUCUGUCCCAGCCCCGGCGUGGGUCCCAGCGAAUGCCAAAGUCCGGGUCCCAGUCCAGGGUCCCCCUCCAGUCCCAGUCCUUGCCCCUGGCCUGGCUCCCAUCCCCGCCUAGGCUCUUAUUCCACCCCCUGUCACAAAUUCCAGCCCAACCUCUGCCCCCACCCCAUUCCCAGCAUUCGCUUAAGUCCCUGGCCCAACCUCGGCCCUUGCUCCGAUCCCCAUCACAGUCCCAUCUUCCAUCACACCUCCUGUCCUUAUUCAAACCCCAGUGCUCAGCCCAGCCCAAUCCAUUACCACAGCCUUUGCCCUCAUCUCUGUGUUUACCCAAGUCUCUUCCACUGGUCCCCCGCCCCUCUCAUACUCUGCCCCUCUCCCAGCCCCGACUCAGGUCUGGGCUCCAGCCGCCGCCAGCCCUAUUGCUGCUGUUGCUGUUCUCUGUCCUUGGUCCAGGGGCUGGAGGUCUUUUCCUGACUGAUUACUCCACCUGCUCACCUCGCAAGCUGAGUCCUUUCCGCUCCUUUGCCAGCACUGAGCUCUUCCACUUCCACGUUCCUGAAGACACAUUCCUGGCUGUUUGGAACCUCAUCAUAUUCAAGGAGCAGGGGGGAACCUUUGGAGAUCACUGCCCAGAUCAAAGUGUGACUGUGUAUUUCCGGUCCGGGGCACCUCCUGUCAUUAAUCCCCUGCACACACACUUCCCAGGAGACACAGCCGUGCCUGGGGUUUUCUCACUGACCCUCAGCUGGACACUGCCCAACCGCACCUCAGGCAUCUUUAACGUCAGCAGCCCCUUACCUGGGGACUGGUUCUUGGCUGCCCACCUUCCCCAGGCCCAUGGCCACAUCUCUGUCAAGGGUCUCCAGGAUGAGUGUCAGUACCUCCUUCAGCCACAGCUGAUUGUCCGGCGUUUGCUGGAUGUAGCAGUACUGGUUCCUGGCCGACCCUCAGAGCAAACUCUCUCUCCCCACAAUCGCUCAGCCCUGUAUAAGGUCUUUGUGCCCAGCUUCACUUACAGGGUUUCAGCGCAGCUGGUGUGUGUGGGGGGCCGAGGGGUGUCUGCCUGCCCUCUGACACUGCGCCUACGUCCCAAGGCCCCACCCUUGCACAACUCAAGCUCCGUGGCCUGUGGAGUUGCCUCAGUAUGCCAGCUGGAGCUGGCACUGCCCCCGUGGGGGCACUGGGUCUACGUGCGUGUGGAGACACCAUCCCGGGGCCCUGGCAGGACCAUCCGCUUCCAGCUAUGUGUGCGGCUUCAAGAGUGCCCACAGCCCAGCCUGUCCCGUGCCCUGGUCCCUGGAGCUGCUAUGAACAUGCCCCAAUCACUGGGAAACCAACCACUUCCUCCAGAGCCACCAUCCCUGGGGACUCCUGCAGAGGGCCCUGGGGCCACAUCUCCACCUGAGCACUGCUGGCCAGUGCGCCCGACUCUGCGCAAUGAACUGGACACCUUCUCUGUCCAUUUCUACAUCUUCUUUGGACCCAGUGUGGCUCUUCCACCUGAGCGCCCAGCUGUGUUUGCACUGAGGCUGUUGCCAGUUCUGGACAGUGGAGGCGUCCUCAGUUUGGAGCUCCAACUUAAUGCGAGCUCUGUUCACCAAGAAAAUGUGACAGUGUUUGGAUGCCUGACUCACGAGGUGCCCUUGAGCCUGGGGGAUGCUGCAGUGACCUGUUCCAAAGAGUCCCUGGCCGGCUUCCUCCUCUCAGUCAGUGUCACCUCCAGAGUAGCCAGGCUACGUAUCCCAUUUCCACAGACAGGGACCUGGUUCUUGUCUCUCCGCUCCUUGUGUGGUGUGGGGCCUCGGUUUGUGCAGUGUCACAACGCAACUGCUGAAGUGCGGCUGCGCACUUUCUUGUCCCCGUGUGUGGAUGACUGUGGACCCUAUGGCCAGUGCAAGCUGCUGCGCACGCAUAACUAUCUAUAUGCAGCCUGCGAGUGCAAGGCUGGAUGGCGGGGCUGGGGCUGUACCGACAGUGCUGACGCACUCACCUAUGGAUUCCAGCUGCUGUCCACGCUCCUACUCUGCCUGAGCAACCUCAUGUUUUUGCCACCCGUGGUCCUGGCCAUUCGGAGCCGGUAUGUGCUGGAAGCUGCCGUCUAUGCCUUCACCAUGUUCUUCUCAACGUUCUAUCAUGCCUGUGACCAGCCAGGCAUUGUGGUUUUCUGCAUCAUGGACUACGAUGUGCUGCAGUUCUGUGAUUUCCUGGGCUCUCUAAUGUCUGUGUGGGUCACUGUCAUUGCCAUGGCUCGGCUACAGCCUGUGGUAAAGCAGGUGCUGUAUUUAUUGGGGGCUAUGCUGCUGUCCAUGGCUCUGCAGCUUGACCGACAUGGACUCUGGAACCUACUGGGACCCAGUCUCUUCGCUCUGGGAAUCUUGGCCACAGCCUGGACAGUACGCAGUGUCCGCCGCAGGCACUGCUACCCACCCACGUGGCGCCGCUGGCUUUUCUACUUGUGCCCAGGCAGCCUUAUUGCAGGCAGUGCUGUCCUUCUCUAUGCUUUUGUGGAGACCCGGGACAACUACUUCUACAUUCAUAGCAUUUGGCAUAUGCUUAUCGCUGGCAGCGUGGGUUUCUUACUGCCUCCUCGUGCCAAGACUGACCGCCGGGUCCCAUCUGGAGCCCGGGCCAGAGGCUGUGGAUACCAACUGUGCAUCAAUGAGCAAGAGGAACUGGGCCUUGUGGGCUCAGGAGGGACCACCGUCAGCAGCAUCUGUGCCAGCUGAGAGGAGCUUUGGGCCAGGCCCCUGGGAUAUGAACCCUUCCUAUGGUUCUUCCUGGGGGUGUGGAGCCCUCUUGGGGACAAGAGACAAGUGGUAUUUCUUGAUGACAUGGAACGUUUCUCAAGGACAUUAGACUCUUUCAGGGACCUGGAACCCUUCCCAGGACACGGGGAACUUCCUGAGGGCUUGGAGUUCUUCUGCAACCAUGGAAUUCUUCUUAAGGACUGGAGCUAUGCAGAGCAAAGAGCCCCCUCAGGACCAAGGAGUUCCUCCUAGAGGCAUGGAGCCUCUAGGUUAUGGAGCCCUCCUAUAGACAUAAAAAAUUUACUUCUUAGGGAGAUACCA